UUUGUUCUUUGGGAAGAAACUGUAUAAAAACCAGAGUCAAGAUUAAGAGUGGCAUCAGUGCACUUUUGGUUUCAACCUUGUACAACUGUCCUAAAUUCAAAAUGUUCAAGCUUCUGUUAGUCUGCGCAGCUCUCUGCAUCGUCGCUGCUGAUGUCGAUGUUAAAAGUCGUUCUGAAGAUGUGCGAGCAAAUGGUUUCGAUGCUAAUCUGGAAUUAGAUAACGGAGCUGCUCGCCAAGAGAGCGGUGAUGUGCAUGGCAACAUCAAGGGUAGCUUCGAAUGGAUCUCUCCCGAAGGCGAACACGUCAGGUUGGAAUAUGUUGCCGAUGAGAACGGUUACCAACCCAAGGGUUCCGUGCUGCCCACUCCUCCCCCAAUCCCAGAAGCCAUCGUCAGGGCUCUUAAGUGGAUCGAAAACAAUCCCCACGAGGAGUAAAUUACAAUGUAACACAGUGAAUUGAACUUACACAUGGACUCCUCUCUAAAAUUUUGCUAUGAAACAAAUUUGAUAAAAAUAUAUGCAAUAAACUCAUGAAAGUUUAUUGAA